CUUCUUGUGGAAUUUUGACGCCUGUUGUUUUGUCGACGUGGCUUUAUGCGCUCCGGUGAGCUGCCACACCUCCGUCCUCCGCGCGUUGAACCCUGGCGCGCUGCCGAUUUGCUAGCGGUCUGUAAGUCACUAGAAGCGCGUGAAGCGUGUGCCUCAAAACGCCUCCGCGUUGCAGCUACACGCCAGGAAAUUAGGCCAGAGACUGCUUUUUGAUGCCACGACGCGUGCUUUGAAGCAUGUGCACGAAACUCUAAUCGUCGUGCACCUGAACCUCACUGCACCUUGGGGCCUGACUGCAUCGCUUAGCAUCAACGCCGCCGACGCGCACCGGCAUGGCGAAAAACGUACAACAAAGCAGUGCUGGACCGAUAAUCAGCUCGGGCGAAGAAUCGAAGUCCGACAGCGACGCGACGGACGGCGAGCUCCACCGCACCUGCCGCAUCUGCUACAGCGCGGAGUUCCAGGACGGCAUGGGUGCAUUCCUGAGACCGACGCCGUGCAACUGCGCGGGCAAUCGGAGUGCGGUGCACGAGACGUGCCUGAGGAGGUGGCAGACGAUCGCGCGCCGGAAUAGGCAAUGGGCGGCCGGCGCGGUCUGUCAUGCUUGUGAUUCCCCUUACACCGUCAAUCUCGUGGAAGCGGGCGAGAAGCAGCCCGUCGGCAUUUUGGGGGGCACGGGUUUAGUCGGACGAGCCUUAGCGGCGGCUCUGACGGCCCACCCGAUCUACUCGCUCGGGCCCGUCCUCGGCUCGCCUCAAACUGUCGGGUCGAAGCUCGCUGAUGUGUGGAGGAAGAAGGAGCAAGCGUUGGAGGACCACUACGGGAGUGCGAUCUGGCAGGCUAAACCUUGCCCCACUAGCUUAGAGGGAGUCAAGGUCUCGAGCGUGGAAGACUUGCUGCGAUCGAACGUGAAGUACGUCAUUAGCGCCAUCGCGCCGUCAUUGGGCCACAUCGAGGACGCCUUGCAAGAGGCGGGCAUUGCGGUGUUCUCCAUCAGCCCGCACGCGCGGCAAGUACAAAGGAACCCGUUAGUCGUGCCCGAGGUGAACGGUGAUGCGCUGUUGCAUGCUCUCUCAAAAAGUGUGGAAGAUGAUGACGAGACGAUACCGCUCGUGAAGAGCCCGAAUUGUGUGAGUUGCGGUGUUUCCGUCGUCCUCAAAGCGCUAGAUGACGCGUAUGGCGUCGUCGGCGUCUCGAUCACCACCUUUCAAGCGCUGAGUGGACGGGGCGACGCGAAGUACGAUCCUGAAUUAGUGGUAGGUAAUGUCUAUCCUCUGAGGAACACGGUAGAAAGGACGGACGAGUAUCAAAGAAAAGAGCUCAUGCGCAUCUUUCCUCUCCUCAAACGGUGCGCGGUCUCGGCUCAUAGGGUCCCGGUCCAGAACGGCCACUUUGUUGAUUUAAAACUACAAACAAAGCGUCCCGUAACUACAAAGGACGAGGUCAAGAAAAUACUGAGGGACUUUGCGCCGUUAGCUGGCUUGGGACUGCCGUCGAUGCCGGACCGGCCCAUCGUCGUGCUGGAUGAAGUGGGCCGGCCGCGGCCGAAGCUCGACAGCGACUACGAAGGGGGCAUGGCGGUGUGCGUCGGAAAUGUUCACACCAAUGAUGGGUUCUUCGACGUGACUCUCAGUUUGUGCGUCAACAAUGUGGUCCGGGGCGCCUGGGGCGCGGCGUUGCUGAAUCUGGAGUUGUAUGAUCUCCACGUGCGGCCUCUAAUCGCGCGCGCAGCCGCGAAGCAGCGCGCGGCCGGCGGCACGGCGCGCGACGCCGUGCGCGAGGCCUCGGCGUUCCUCGAGGAGAAGGUGCGCAAGAAGCCGUCGCCGCACUGGGACGUACUACUAAGGUGGGCGUCGAGCAUCGACUCCGCGUCGUCGCUGCGGGAGCGGUCGGACUCGGAGAUCCAGCGGUUCGGGGUGGGGCCCUGGGAGGACGAGUCGCCCACGUGCAUCGACACGGCGAUCAAGCGGCCGCCGGCGCCGCCCGACGUGUCGUCCUGA